CAUAAAGUGGUGGGGACUGGGGAGUAAUUCUAAUCAGAAUUUAGUAUCAUCUCCUUUUCAGCGGUAUCAAGAAGUUAUUUCUGAAUACAAUUCCCUACAAAAUACGAGCAGAAACAACAUGAGUAUCGAUUACGACUCUGCAGAAAUUCGCACCGGAGCGAAUCCGCCCAAGACGAAAAUCUUUGUGGGCCGGCUUCCUGAAAACGCUACAGCACCCGACCUUCGGCGUCUGUUCGAACGCUAUGGUGUUGUCACCGAGUGCGACAUCCUCAACCGCUAUGGUUUUGUGCACAUGCAGACAGAGGAAAUGGCUCUUGAGGCCAUUAGCAACCUUGACAACUACAAUUUCAUGGGCUCACAGAUCAGCGUUGAGCAAUCAACAGGAAAGAAAGGUGGGCGUGGAGGUCGUGGAGGCGGAGGUCCAAUGAUGAGAGGCGGACGUGGUGGAAGAUCCUUCGGAGGUGGCUACGGCGGCCGUGGCGGACCACCAAGCAGAGGGCCCCCUUACACUAGGGAGGUGCCCAGAGAAUAUGACAGGCGUGGGCCUAGUGGGCCUCCGCAGCCUAGGAAUGGAUAUGGAGGUGGCUACGAGGAGUAUGACCGUGGCGGCUCAAAUGGCUACGAUGCCUAUGGCUAUGGCCGUCAACAGCAGAGCAUGAUGCCCAGUAGGGACAGACAAAUGACAGGAGGAUGGGGUGGACGGGAGGCAGAGCGCGCCCCUGCCAUGCCAGCAGCCACUUAUGAAAGACGGCCACCUGCCAACGGCUACAGUGACAUGAGCCGCACCUACCCUGAAAGACAAGCUGCACCUCCAGCAGCUAUUCCAAGCACUUAUGACAGGCGCCCUAUGUACGAGGCAAGACCUGCUGCUGAUGCGUAUGCCCGCAGGACUCCACCCCCACCUUCUGCUGGUGGCUAUGGAGGAUACGAGAGAGCUGCAGCCGACCCUUACAUGACCAGACGCUACCCAGCCGCAGCUCCCCACGAGAGGGACAUGCCACCUCGUCGUUACUAAAGGUCAUCAAGAAAGAGCUUGCUGCCGAAAAUCGCCGUACGUCGAACCGAACUCGAGCGAGCAUCUCUCGCCCUCUCACUUUUUCAUUCAAUUAUCAAAUCGUAAAAAUAUGUUAAUCAUAGCAUUCACCUUCAAGAACGUUCAUUGCCACAAUUCUUUUUCUAUAAAAUCAUCAAUUUGAUGUAGGUGUACAUUUUUACUACAAAAAGUUUUUAUUACUAGGCAACUAGGCUAACAUUAUUUCAAUUAUCAAGACUUGUAUCUCUUGUCUUCUUCAUAAGUAUGGUGUGCAAAGUCGAAUGCAAUAAUAUUAUGAUUGGUAAUAUUAGAUAAUAAAUUAUCCAUCUGUCGAAAGAAAAAAAAGCGUGCGUUUUUCCUCUCCGUCUGCGCUACUGACUGAUAUAACAUCAGUGCUGUUUCUCCUUUGCAGUAAAUCUUAAGUAUACAACUAAUUUUCCAUAAAAUGUUUUUGUUGCAAACUUCAAAUAAGCAAUUUCGAAAAAAAAAAAUAUUAUAUUUUGCCGAUCUAGUAAACCAUUUGCGUUUUGCGUUAAACAAAACAUACCCUUUUGUCGUCUACAAUCUACAUGACUCAGAAAUUUAUCACUUCAAAGAAAACAAUCGUUUGCGUGAAAUUAAUUAUUGUCAUCAUAAAAAAUUCUAAUAAUCUUCUUGCGGCUUAUUUCGACAAGUGAGGCAAAAUAAUAUUUAUUCAAUACUUUCACCAUGGAUAUAAAUACAUGGCUUUGACACAUCAUUUUAAUUCUUCAAUACAAAAAUUAUAUUUCUAAUUAUUAAAAAAAAAUGCCAUUAAGGAUCAUGUAUUCAUUAGUGCGUAAUAGCAGUGUGAAACAUUUUUUUAUUAGCAUUUUAUCUUCCUUUAUAAUAAAUAAAAAAUAACACAUUCUUGGAAUAAAUAUUCAAACUUUUUAUUUAUUGCUCUAAUUUUUUUAAUAAUACAAUUUUAUCACUUUUGCUUUUUUUAAUCUUAUUCUGCACAUUUCUAAGACAUGUUAGGAUGUCACGAUAAUCUUGCGUCCGAUUUAUGAAGAAAAAUAAAUAAAUGCGUAUCAAUGACGAACUGAUUCGAAUGACGAGCGGAUUUCUCAAAGCAAGCUCACUUCUGAAAAUCAAGAUGCGAUACUCGUUGCGUGCGCCUGUGGAGGAUCAGCGGCGUUAAAGGGCGGGCAGGCGAGCCGACCCUCCCGUUUUGCUCACUCAAAAGUCAGGUUAGUAUGCGACAGAAAAUCCUAUUCGUUCUGCGAUUAAUGCGAACAAAUUGGCGUCUCGUUCACGAACCAUUACUCUGCAUGGCAAUAUCUUUUGCAUUUCCAAUCUGCUCCCACAAGCGAUGUCACGAUCAAGGGGAUGUGAAAAAUAAGUAUUUCUUAUAGCCUGCGACGUACACCCUGUUCACUAUGAGAUUGCGAAAACCGAUCAAAACUCACGCUAAACUGUCUGGAAGAGCGAACGACAGAAUUUCACAAAGCGACUUCUCUGCCAAUUAAUUCUUCACAUUUUUAUGUAAUUUAUAAAUUGCGAAUUACAUUAAUUUUGCAAAUUCAUUUGCAGGUAUGACUGGUAAAGAUUUCACCCAGGAGGCAACUAUAAGACUGAGAAUCUGUGAUACUUCAAUAAAAUGAAUAUUAAAUUUAAA